AUGACAGGCAGCAGCUGGAGGCUUCGCUCUCGCUCCCGCUCCCCUCGACAGGGCUCUCGGGCUGCUGCGGAGGACAGGAAGACCAAGUGCCGAUUCUGCGAGACCUACACCUUCUGCGAGUUCGGGCGGGAUGAGGAGUACUGCAGCAGCAACUGCUACAUGGAUGCCAGCAAGGGUGUGGAGGCACUUGACUGGGACACCUCCGAAGCGGCCUCCUGGUUCCAUGGCGAGGGCCUGGACCGCUGGAAGCGGCAGCUGGUCACCGCCUUCCGAGACGGCCACGCGCUGCUCGUUACGCUGAACGAAGGUGUGCUCCGAAGAGUUGGCGUGCCCAAGAGGAAGGCCAAGGAGGUCAUGCAUGAUGUCGAGAAUCUGCGCAAGGGCGCCUGGGCUCAGCCUGAGCCACCUCUGGAGGAGCUGCCCCUGGUCACCGUGGCAGAGACAGGUGCACGAGCCCGCCCUAGCCUAGGGUGGCAGCUCGUGCUCAAGGACGACAGCCUCAGGUCCUACGCGUCCCUGUGCCGUGGAGCCGUGCCGCAGGACCUCGCUUGGAGCUGGUUCGAGACUCUUCGUACACGGCUUCCUUGGCAGGACUUGUCCGACUCGCGCUACCAGAACGAGGGCAAGUAUAUGCCGCGCCGUACGAUCUUUACUGUAUUCAAUGGCUGCAACUGCACGUAUAAGUACUCAGGCGUGGCCGUGAAGCCCACCACCGAGCCAGACUUUGUGGCUGAGAUUCGCAAGUACUGUGUGGCAGCUUCUGGACUGUCAACGCAGCCCAACUGCUGCAACAUCAACCUCUACCGCGAUGGUCAUGACUCCGUUGGUUGGCACACAGAUGACGAGGAGCUUUUCGAGGGAGGCUACAACGACAUCACCAUCCUUAGCCUUUCCUUGGGGGCUGCACGCACCUUCGAGGUGAAGCACCAGCCUUGCGCCCUGAACGGCCCUCGCAAGAGCCACAAGGGCCCUGCCGAGACAUCCUUCGUGUGCAGGAACGGGGACCUGUGCACCAUGGAGGGGAAGUUCCAGCGCCACUACCUGCAUGCUGUGCCCAAGGAGCCAUCGGUGAAAGCGCCGAGGAUCAACUUGACCUGGAGAUGGAUCACCAAGCACAACCAGGUGGAUGGAUGCCCGCUCUGCGGGCCCGGCAACUCCCGCACUCCAUUGACACCUUCCUUGUGCUAA